AUGUCUACACAUCCCGCAGAUGAUCAGCCUAUAAGCAUGGUUCCCAUGAGCAUGCCAUCCACGGAAUCUCCUAAAGGGCACGAGUUGUUCGACAUCUCGGAGAAGAGAGAAGCGGAAGCGACCGUCACCGAUACUCAACACGACACCGGAGUUAGUCGUGUUGAGGCCUUUAACAAGGUGCUGUACCGGUCCGGCAAGAAGGGCAAGGUCCUGCUGUGGCUGCUCGGCAUUUCCAUCUUCCUCACCAUGUUUGUCUAUGCACUGGACCAAGGCAUCACGUCUACCAUAUUCAGCACGCUGGCGGCGUCGACCUUUGGGGUUCAUAGUCAAAUUGGAACUGUUAGCACUGCCAGCCAGAUCAUUCGUGCAAUCAGCAAGCCAUUCAUUGGCAAGAUCGCCGACAUCACCUCGCGGCCUACGACGUACGUCAUCAUCCUCGUCUUCUACGUCGUGGGUUUUGUUGUCGCUGCCAGUGCCAGUAACUUUGCAUCGUACACUGUCGGCGUUUGCUUCACCUCCAUUGGCAAGUCUGGCCUCGACUUACUUAGCGACAUCAUUGUCGCCGAUCUGACACCAUUGGAAUGGCGUGGCUUCUUCAGCGCAUGUUUAUCACUCCCCUUCAUUGUCACAGUGCCUGUUAAUGGUUUUAUUAGCAGUGGCUUCUACGGCAACUGGCGCUGGGGCUUAGGCAUGUUUGCCAUUAUGGUGCCCGUGCUUCUCAUGCCUGCUAUCCUGACACUCUACACGAUUCAGCGUCGUGGGAAGCAGGCCGGCAUGGUCACAAUGGCUGAUUCGAAGGAUGUUCGCACAGGCCGUACCGAAGCAUCCACUGGCAGCAUCGCAUACUGGGCCCAUUUGGCGUACCAAGGACUUAUCGACAUUGAUAUCUUUGGCCUCUUCCUUCUGGGCUUUGCCUUCUCCCUCAUCCUCCUGCCUAUUACACUAGCUGGUGACGCUAAGAAUGGUUGGCACAAUCCGAGCAUGAUUGCCAUGAUCGUGGUUGGCUUCGUCUUUCUCAUCUUGUUCGCGCUCUUCGAGUACUUCGUGGCCCGCAAGCCAUUGAUGACUCGCAACAUCUUGAACAACCGCGCUUUCAUCGCUGGCGUCAUCAUCCACACCUUCAACCAGCUUGCGUCAGCCGUCCGCAACACCUACUUCUCGUCAUACAUUCUCAUCAUCAAACAGUGGACGACGUACCAGUGGACCAUUUUCCUCGGCAUCACAACUAUGGGUCUCUGUAUCGUCGGCCCCUGCGUCGGGUUAAUCCACCGUACCACACACCGAUACAAAACUGUUAUGGUGCUCGGUGCUGCAGCUAAGGUCCUCGGCUACGGUCUGCUGAUCCAGGGCAACGGCAACAUGACGCAGGACACGGUACGCCUGGUUGCGGCGCAGCUCAUAUUCUGCCUUUCAUCCCUCAACGUUGUUAGUGCCCGUGUGGGUGUGCAGGCAUCCGUCCCCCAUAAAGAUAUCGCAUCACUGAUCUCGAUUAUUACGUUGUGGUCGACCUUGGGCUCAAGUGUUGGAAGUGCCGUUGCAUCGGCCAUCUGGACCAACCAAAUGCUUGAUCAGAUGCGCGUGGAGCUUCCCGGAGUUCCCGAGUCUACUAUUAAGACUGUGUACGGGAGUAUUCGAUCCUUACGAAAGUACGACUUCAAUGAUCCCGUCAGACAGGGCUCUAUCCGUGCGUACGCUAUUGUCAAUGGCCACAUUACUACGGCCUCAAUCUGCCUAUCUGUCGUUACACUCUUUGCUUCCGUCUGUAUGCCAAACUUUUAUCUCGGAAAGCAGCAGAACGCCGUCGACAACAAAGGCCUCGACGGGUCGUCUAUCGAUGUCCCACAAAAUCGUAAGGAAGACACAUCAACGACUACGCGGCCAUUUUGGAAGAAACUUGUUACCUUAUAUUAUAAAUAA